UUCCGUGCAAUACAUUGAAGAAUUGCCAUAACAUAAAAUAUAAAAUAAUGACACGUUAUAUUAAAUUUUGACUUUGAAUAAAAAAUCGCAAAAGCCAAUUACCAAACAAAGUAUAUAAUAGCAAAACUAUGGCAAUGAUACGGGACGAGAACCGAUAGCGCACGGUGCGAUAGCCCACCAACCAAUCAUCUUAACUUGUCUAACUCAAACAACGAAAAAACUCUAGGCAUCGGCCGUUGUGAGUGGGGAGGAUUCCGAUAGCUCACAUCCCGAUAGCCCACCAACCAAUCAUCUUGACUUAUCUAACCCAACCUACGGAAAAUCUCUAGGCAUCUGCCAUUGUGAGUGGUUUGUGUGCUAUCGGGAUGUGCGCUAUCGGGACCCGCCGUUGUGAGUGGUGGUGGGCUAUCAGUCCCGUGCGCUAUCGGGAUCCACCCAAUGAUACGAUAGUUAAAUUUGAUAGUUCAACUAUUAUAAUUAAAUGUUAUUGCAUUUGAUUAUAACAGUUGAACUAUCAAAUUGAAUAAUAUUAUAUAAAUACACAUAAAAUUUUUUUUACCGUUAUUAAGCUCAAACUACAUGGUUUGGUAAUUAUAUUUAUUUAAUUUAAUAAAAAAUAUAUCGUUGUAAUAUAUAGUUGAUUUGAUUUUAAACAAAACAAGAGGUUUUAAAAAAUUUUAAAAAAUGACUUGUGAAAAUCUGUCUAAAAUUUUAUGACUUUUGUAAUUUCUUAUAAUUAUCUCUAAUACAAUUUUUAUUUUUUUACAAAUAAAUAUAAAUUUUUUAGAAAAUAAUUAUUUUGUUUAAUGAUGACACUCGCGUUCUUCCUUUCCAUUUAUCCGUUUUUUGUAUAUUUUUAUAUUUAUGACACAUUACCAAUGUUUAUUAUUCUUAGCUUUUGAACUUCCUGUAUAGUUGUCAUUUUUUUAUUUUUUUUCAACAUAAAAAAAAUUGAGGAAAAAUGAAUCAUGCAGAAAAUUUGGUCAUAUAAAACAGGCCUCAUAUGACAUACAUUGCAUUGUAUAUCGUAUCAUUGCCAAAAAUACAUUUCAUAAUUUUGCAGGAGAUUUAUUAUACAUCAUUACUUCUGCGGUACUACUAUAAUGCCCAUUUUCUCCAAUAUAGAUUAACUUUGAUCUUAUGCCCGUUUCUACCAACGUAGUUUAAAUAUUUAAUCCCUAGUGACAUUCAGUUAACCUAAGUUUAGCAAAAUAUUGGUUUCAACCAACGAUUUGUUUAAGUUCAAACUUAUGUAAACUGAGUUCAAUCUAAACGGCCGAUUUUGGCCGUUUAAUCUCUUUUACUGCUCCAGUUAAGAAAAUAUGGCAAAUUUAUUCAAUAUCAUAUUAUCAUCCUCCGAUGAUGAAUAUUAUGAAGUACAACACCGAAGAAGAAAGAAAUUUAAGCAACGUAUAAAUUAUAUUGAAGAAUUAGAUGAUUUGGAAUUUAAGAUGCGAUUUCGAUUAAAUAAACAAUCUGUGUUAUUAAUAUUAGAAGAAAUUAGAGAAGAAUUAGAAUUUUUUACUAAUCGGAAUAAUGCCAUAUCUCCUAUGGUACAAUUAUUAUUAACACUUCGCAUGUAUGCUACUGGUUCAUUCCUCAUAACAAUGGCUGAUUUUUCUGGUGUAAGCACAACGUCUGCCCAUUAUAUAGUUCACAGAGUCAGUGCAGCUAUUGCCAGGCUACGACCUCGAUAUAUUCAAUUCCCAAGUACCGAACAAGAUAUAAGAAAAGAACAAUUGCGUUUUUAUAAUAUUGCUCGCUUUCCAAGAAUUAUUGGCUGCAUAGAUUGUACACAUAUACGUGUCCAAUCAUUUGGUGGGGAAAAUGCUGAAUUAUUCCGCAAUAGAAAAGGUUACUUUUCUUUAAACGUCCAAACAGUAUGUAAUAGUAAUUUAGAAAUAACUAAUGUAAUUGCUCGUUGGCAAGGAUCAGUGCACGAUAGCACUAUUUUUAAUAACAGUCGCUUGCGAGCAAACUUUGAAGAUGGAGCAUACGGCAAUAGUUUAUUACUAGGAGACUCUGCUUAUCCUUCAAAGCAGUAUCUUGUAACUCCGUUGUUAAAUCCACAAACUGCUGCAGAACGACUUUAUAACGAAUCACAUAUUCGUACACGAAAUCUAAUAGAGCGCUUAUUCGGUAUCUGGAAAAGAAGAUUUCCAAUCCUAGCACUUGGUAUGCGGUACCAUUUAUGCAGAAUAAUGCCUAUCAUUGUUGCUACAGCAGUACUUCAUAAUAUUGCCAGAAGAAAUAAUGAUGCGGUGCCAGAUAUCGACCCAGAUUUGGAUUUACCCGCACCAUGGGAUGAUAUGUUAGCAGCAUGUAAUGUUAUCAACGAUAGAAUUAAUAACAACGAAAUUAAUGGUGCAGAAACUCGAACAGAAAUAAUUCAUAACUACUUUACCAACUUGUUGCAAUAGAGUACUAAAUUUGUAUCUAUAGGAAGACAUAUUGGAAAUAAAGUUAUAAAUAAUGUUUGCAGAUAAAUAUUUGUGUGUAUGUAUAUGACAAUAGAGGAUUAAAUAAAAAGCUACCAACUACA